GGCUUUCUGAGCUGGAUUCAACAAGUUCGUCGUUCUCCUCCACUCAUCUGAAAAUCCCCAAAAAAAAAAAAAAACAAAAAAAUCACAGAGGUCGCUACAAAAUCCAAAUCUCUCUCCCAAGAUUUGAACGAUCCGGUCUAAGAUCCGAGAAGAUGUCUACGUUCAGCGGCGAUGAAACUGCUCCGUUCUUCGGCUUCCUUGGCGCGGCGGCUGCCCUGGUCUUCUCCUGUAUGGGAGCUGCUUAUGGGACUGCAAAGAGUGGUGUUGGUGUAGCUUCAAUGGGAGUGAUGAGACCUGAGUUGGUGAUGAAGUCUAUUGUCCCUGUGGUUAUGGCUGGUGUUUUGGGUAUUUAUGGACUGAUUAUUGCUGUUAUAAUCAGUACCGGUAUUAACCCCAAGGCUAAGUCUUACUACCUCUUUGAUGGAUACGCACACCUCUCGUCUGGUCUUGCUUGUGGUCUUGCUGGUCUCUCGGCUGGAAUGGCUAUUGGAAUCGUCGGAGAUGCUGGAGUCAGGGCAAAUGCUCAGCAGCCUAAGCUCUUUGUUGGGAUGAUUCUUAUCCUUAUCUUCGCGGAAGCACUUGCUCUCUACGGUCUUAUUGUAGGCAUUAUCUUAUCCUCUCGAGCUGGUCAGUCCAGAGCAGAAUGAGAUACACAAUAUAAGAUGUUGAAAUCCAGGUACUUCCUUAUGGUAUGUCGUAUCGGGAGCCAAUAUUUUGUGGAUUCUUGGAAUUUUUUCUGGGAAGCAGAUCGGCUGCCAUCUCCGUUUUCCUUGGUUGGUGGUUGCUUGAUGUCAUUGUUUGGUUCGGUAAUAAACGAGAUUGGCAAUGUUUUAUACUGUUUGCAUAUGUCUUGAGGAACUUGAUGAUAUUUUGUUUGUAAAGAAGUUUACUUCUGAAACCAUCUUUGAGUGUUAAGAUGAGAUUAUUAAAUCUUUUGUGCCUUCCA